AUGGGCUACCUUGUGAGACUCCAGAGCAGCAGGAGGCGCCCGGAGCCUGCAAGCAGCAGUUCCUGGCCUGCGCUGGUGCCCAUGGCGUCCCCCCAAGCCCUGCUCAUCUGCCUGCUGGUCCUGGCAGUCACUGAAGGCUGGGAUCAGGAGGCAGCCAUCCCAGGUUGCCACUUGCACCCCUUCAACGUGACAGUGCGCAGUGACCGCCAAGGCACCUGCCAGGGCUCCCAUGUGGCACAGGCCUGCGUGGGCCACUGUGAAUCCAGUGCCUUCCCUUCCCGGUACUCUGUGCUGGCGGCCAGUGGCUAUCGACACAACAUCACCUCCGUCUCCCAGUGCUGCACCAUCAGCAGCCUGAAGAAGGUAAAGGUGCAGCUGCAGUGUGUGGGGGACCGGAGGCAGGAGCUCGAGAUCUUCACGGCCAGGGCCUGCCAAUGUGACAUGUGUCGCCUCUCUCGCUUCUAG